CGUCCAUAAUGAACAACGCAACAACAUUUCUACUACUCGUCGUGGCAGUGGCGGUGGAAGUGAUGGGGGCAGCAGCGGCGCCGCCUAUAUCUAAGAUCUCAUGCGGCGAGGUGACAACCACAUUAGCGCCGUGUUUCGAGUACGUCUUAAGCGGCGGCAAGGUGCCCGGUAACUGCUGCGAGGGGGUGAGGUCGCUCUACAAGGCGGCGAACACCGCCGCCUACCGCCGCAGUGUUUGCAACUGUCUGAAAUCCAUCACCGGCUCUGCCUCUCCGGCCGCCGUCAAAAACGCCAAAAGCCUUCCCGGGAAAUGCGGCGUCUCCCUUCCAUUUGAAAUCACGCCUGCAAUCGAUUGCAACAAGGUUAUAUAAAGGCCAUGAACUAUCCGAGUCUUUUCAGCAACACUGAAUUAUGUAUGCCAGCUUGAAUGAAUCGUUUUUAAUAUAUGAAAUGUUAAUCUAUUGUGUGUAUCGUGGAUUUGUAUAAUCAAAUUAUAACGCUCCAUUCUGAUCAAAAGUCUUAUAUUUAAAGAAA